UUUUCUGCUUUCUGUACCUCGUCUGGGGAGCUGCAUCGGCGCUACGUGCGUUCGCAAUCAAUGGAAGGAAAUAUGGCCUCCCCGCCAUGGUCAUGGCUGUCUCGCUUCUUCCAGUCGUAACGAACGUUCUCAACCUUGCAACGAUCUACGUUGUUCCUGUUCCGCCCCCCAGCAAUUGUGCAAUCCUUUCGAAGGCAAGCACGCCCGUGAUGCGAAAGUUUGAGAUCGCCACAAGGGUCAGUGCCAUGCUAGUGGAUGCCAUGGUUGUUCUGGCCACUUGGCAAGUCACUGGUGGGAUCAGGAGCCUAGCCAAGGGCAUCGAUAUCAACGUUCCCACAACGAGACGCUUGUUGCGAGAUGGAACGAUUUACUUCUUUAUUUUGUUACUAGUGAACGCACUCGUUCUUGCGCUGUAUAUCUCGCCUGUGAGCUUUGCGGACAGCAACAUGGCAAUGCUCUCCGACGUCGCUACAACCAUUCUGCUCUCUCGUUUGUUCCUGAACCUCCGCGAGGCCACAUUCGGGCCGACUGAUUCCGCCUUCUCGGGAACGUCGCAGACGUGCGAUUGCGCUCGGCGCUUUGCACCCGCUGUCGGGCCACUCGGAAUCUCAAAGAUCGCGAAUGAACUUGACGACGCUACAGGACGCGAUGACGAAGAUUUGAUUGAAGACCUCGCUUCCACUAGUUACGCAGUGGAAGAAGGCAUAGCUUCGGGGGUCGCGCACUGCCCUGCUGGUUGCACGUCGCGGGAGCAUGGCGAUCCAUCCGAAGUCGUCGAAAGCCACCCGAUGGCGCUUCCGUGACGGCGUUUACUACUACCCAUAAUUCAUGUAGUAUGAUGAUAGUGGUCACCAGCGCCUACACUGCACAGGGCGCAUCCACACGUCCUACUAUCGCACCGCUCAGAUCUGAUGAUAUACUCAGUCUCUGAAUGACGGGAAAGUCAGAGUAACAUGUAAUAGAUGAGUCAUCUUCUUCGGUUCA